AUGUUUGGCUCUUCGAAUCCUUUUGCUAAGGCGGCUUCUUCGGGAAGCACCUUUCAAAAUUCUAGUGCCACGUUUGGCAAGCGGAUAUCGAAAGAAGACUCGGGAAACGAAGAAGAUGUGCCUCCCAAGCGAGCUUCUUUCGCUUCCGGGCUCGUUAGCAAUCCAUUUGCCAGUGUAGGCAAUCCAUCAUCAUCAACUUCAAGCUCAUCGUUUUCUGCGAAAGCUUCUUCCACCUUCGGUUCCAGUGCUACUGGUGGCCCAUCUGGGGGCUUUUCAUUCAAGCCAAGCGGUAGCUUCGGUACAGCGGGAGCGAAGGAGGUUAAAAAGGAAGCACCUUCGUCCGAUUUCACUUUCCGCCCAACAUCUAUAUUUGGAAGUAACGCGCCUGCAAAUGAUACCAUCGCCACUGAUACUUCAUCCUUCCUUGAGGAUCCUUCAAAGACGCCGCUGAAAUUCUCCACUGCCGGAAACGGGAAAAACAUCUUCAGUACUAAUCCGCAAACAACAAAAGCUGCAGAAGCAGCAUUUUCUGCGCCAUCCUCUUCGUCCUCGACCUUCAGCCUCAAGUCUACCGCCCCAGCCCAGAGCAAUCCUUUCGCCGCGAAGACGUCAUUUUCCGCUGGCCAACCAAGAACGGAUGUUCCCAAAGCAACAUCUUUCCAGUUGCGCAGCUCCUUCUCCGGCGCUGAAAGAACUAAAGCUGCGGCACAACAACCUGCCGAGAAGUUUGAUCCAGUUCAUACUUCUUCUAUUCUUCUAGUGAAAGACCUCGAUCCCAAAGUGUGCGUCAACAAAGACAUCAUGCGCGAUUUUGCUAAAAAUGUGCUAAAGCCACCUGGCCUGGAAAAAGUCGCUCCAGUUCCACUCAAGAAAGCGUUGAAGCUGUUCUUUCGUAACACCAAAGAUGCGGCAGACGCGCGAGCUAGGAUCGAGAACCAGUUUCCGUCGCUAAAAGUUCGCUUUGGGCGAGACAAGGGAGGAAAAGAGGAAAAAUCGUUGGAAUCUAUAUCUAGCGAGAAUGUCUUUUCUGUCCCCGAGUCCGACCCGUUUGGGAUGACAGGAUCCUCCGACGCUGCUUUUGACACAUUUGGAAGCUCCACGAACGCUGUAUAUGCCAAGCAACUGAAUGAGCAAAAGAAGCGACAGAUGGAAAAAUCAUCGGAGGAGGAGCUUCAACCAGUAAAGAUAACAAGAACUAUCGACAGAAAUGAACGAAGUAACUCACCGUUUGAUGCACCUGAAACAGCAGAAUCGGAUCCAAGAAAUAGAGGAAAUAUCUUUGGAAAGAAACCGUUGAACUCCGAAAUACAGUUGGAUUCUCCGGUGACUUCAUUUGGCCAGAAAACCAAGAACCGCGCUUCGCCCGAACCGUCUGGCUUUGCCUCGUUCUUGAAAUCCAGUAAAUCUAAAGCUGACGGAAGUAAACGCUCCCAAGCCGCGUCACUGGCGAAGAACCCAGACGCGAUUGAUAUUGACCUAGCCGAGAAGCGCUUCAAAAUUCUGGAAACGCGUGACAAAACCGUCCGUGAUGUGUUGAUACAGGAGUUGCGAGAAGGCGCGCAGGUUGGAAUCUGCGCCGAUCUCUGUCCGGAAAAAGAAAUCUAUCGACGAUGGACUCAGCAGGAUAUCUCCGUGUUGGAAAUGAACGAGCACGGACAAAUCGCUAUCGAAAAGUGCAUCAAGGUUUACCAGCGAUCCGCUGCAGAUACCGAAGAGUCCCUUCCGAACGAGUUGCGCCCAGCGAGCACGUUGCUCGAUUGCUGCUGGUAUUUUUGCUCCGAAGUUUGCACAGAAGAUGUCAUUGAGGAAAUUGGGGCUGAUGUUUGGUACGAUUUCAUGUGGAAGCGCACACGCGCUAUUCGAAAAGACAUUACGCAGCAGCACAUGUCUUGUUUGAAAACGGCGCAGGUGCUUGAAACCGUGGCGCGAUAUCACAUCUGGUGCUCGCAUAGCAUGGUUCUUGAAGACUUUUGGGACCAGCGGAUCAACGAUGAAAACUUGGAAAAGACGCUCACUUCAAUUGAGCACGUCUACCAGGACAUCUCCGUCCGAGGCCAGUACUCAGCUGCGGAGCCAGAGUUUCGCGCGUACAUGAUUUAUUUGAAUCUGAACGACUCGGGUGCUGUGAUGAAAUACCUUUCUCGUGUGCCCAUACGCUUCAAGACGCAUCCACUGAUCAAACGCGCCCGUCGCAUUGUUUCCGCUUAUAUGCUCAGGCACUAUGCCAUAUUUUGGAACGAGUUUAGCAAGUGCACGGCGCUGGAAGCCUCGAUCUUGCAUCGAUACAUGGGAAACGUGCGUUACCACGCGAUGCAAAUCUUGCGACGAGGCUACGCCAACAACGUUCUGCCUAUGGAGUGUUUCCAGAAAGCACUCUUUUUCAAGGCAAGUGAUCCUAAUUUUGAGACAUACAUGGCGGCGCACAAUGUCUUUCCGAACGACGAUGGCCUAGUCUCAAUCGUUGAAAUGGCAAAGAGUUUUGUUGCAGAGCCGGAAGUCCCUCUUCCCAAGUGGAAAUCGAAGCCAGCUGAUCUGGGGAAUCGAUUUGCACCUGAAGCCAUGGUCGUCGAGGAAUUACAAACCCUCUUCCUCCUUCCUCCCCGCUCCGAUCGGCUGAUAGAGAGCGCAAAUGACAUCAUUGAAAACGUCCGAGCCAAGCUUGAAGAGGACGCGCAAAAUAGAAGCGACAUGAUGGAAAACCUACCUGAGAAUAUCGCUGCUAGGGAGAUGGAAGAAGAGAUUACGAACGAUGUCGUCGACGGGCAAUUGCGCGAAAUCGCUUCCGGAGUGCGGAUCGAAGAAAAAGUCGUCGCUAAACAAAUCAACGACACUAUGAAUUUGAUAAUCGACGAUCACAUCGGUUGGGAAGUAACGCGUAUUUACAAAAAUAUGCUUCUCCAGGAGCGCUUGCGAGAAGAAGAGAUGAAGAACCAAAUCGCGGAAGAGAAGGAGCGUAUUCGCCAACUCAAGGAAGAGUGGAAAGAGCAAUUUCUGCAGCGAAGCAUUUCGAACAUGGUCGACCAUGCGAUCGGGAAUUUCAUCUCAUCGUUUGUUGAGGAAAAUGUAGACGAAGCAAUCGCCACUAGGAAUAGAGCCAUUUGCGAAAAUACGGCGCUUAUGGAAAGACAAAACAUUAUGGAAGAAGUUGUCGCCGAAGAUGUCAAGUUAAUGCUUCUUGAAGAAAUCGCGACAGUCAGGAGAGUGCAUAGAGAAAAAGUUGCUGCUGUCCGGCAAAGAAGACGCGAUCGAAUUUCGAAGCAAGCGGCCCUUUGGUGGCUUCGUCGGACCAGAAUUGCGAUUAGUAAACGUAAGGCUCGUGCUGCAACGCCCAGAAUAGGCAAACGAAACAUCUUAAAAGAAAUUUCUCAACAAAACGAGGAGUUUAUGAAAAUGACGAUUGAUCGAGCUCGGAGGAAUUGCAAGAAGGAAGUUAGACAGUCUCAUUUGUACGCGAUCGUUUACCCUGAUAUGGAUGUCUCAAAGUUUUACCUCGAGCAUUUGGUCGAGAACAUCAAUCCCCGGUUGAACAAUUUUGUCGCAAGUUUCUCGUUUUAUACGGAUGACAAAAAUGUCUACAACUAUUUGGAAAAGAAAUUCCCUACUUCUGGCAUUCUUGGAACCCGUUCAAAAUUCAUCUAUCUCGAGCUUGCAAACUCUGGGCCUCAAGAGGGUCUUGUUUUCGACGAAGAAGUAUACUUUGGAACGUCGAGCAAAGCUGAUAUCGUCGUCGACUUUAGCAACGAGGAGGAAACGAACUUGAAUAUUGAGUCGCAUCUGACUGAUAUCCUUCUUUCCACAAAGCCCAAGAAUUUCACCAGAAUGCCUUAUGUCAAGCUUCUCGAACGAGUCAUUGUCGAUACUGACAGUGGACUGAGAUGCAUGGACGGUUUGGUAAAAGGAUACAGCCACGUCCGCAUCAAUCAAAAGCCAGAAGUUGUCCUUGCCUGGUACAACAACCUAAUUGAGCAGAUGAUCCGACGAAUGAGCAUGGAUGGGCUCGAUCUCCACUACCCUCAGCGACUUGUUGAAACAGGCCUUGUGUUUGGCCCCACAAUUUCUUCGCGACACAUUUCAAUUUUAAAAGAUUUGAAACUCCCGCCAAUCAGCCUUGAUAGCAGUGCGAAAAAGCGCGAUCCAGAAUCGUGCCUCAGCGUCGUUUGGAAAUACCUUGAAAAGAACAAGCUAUUUACAACAACGCUGCAGGUCCAAAUCUCCCGUGUUCUCAAUCGUAAAUUCAACGAUGAUAAUCAGGAAGAAGGCUUCGAGAAAGAAAAGAUCUUCCCUUGGUCAGAUAUCAUUUCGAAAAUCGUCGAGAGUAAACUGAUGCGACUGCACUUCGUCAAAGAAGGGCGGGAGAGUGUGACGGUCGACGAUCGUCUUUUCAGAAAAUAUCAACCCUUGCCUUUAGUAAGGAAAGAGUUAAAGCGAAUCGAGAGAAAGUCGCCGAAAAUGCCCAAAAAGUACGGCUUCCACAAGCCCCGGGAACUAGAAGCGGCAGCUCCUCCCGCUGUCGAAAAAACUACCAGUAAAAAUUCUAUACAAUCAUCUACGAACUCGGCGGAUCUCUUCGCAAAAAGUGACUCGGAAAGAAUGGAUACGUCUGUCGAUGAAAUGAAAACAGCCGUUACGAUUGAAACGCUUUUUAAGGGCGUUGAGUCUAAAUUCGAGGAUGAGAUCUCGAGGAGCAAGCAAACCCUUGUUGAUGCGAAGGGGACUAUUGCCACACUCAAGAAAGACUUCGAGCGCUUCCAAGAAAUGGAGACAUUGCGAGCAAUGGUGCAGUCGAAACCACGACCGAAAGAUCUGACGUUCAUGGAGCACGAGAAAAAGAUCCUUCAAGCUGAGCUCGACACUAAACUCACCGAGAUCGAGCUAAUGGUUGCGAUUUCUAAGAAACACCGGGAUAAAAUCAAAGAAGAGUACGAAAAUAUGGAACCUGAAGAAGUCAACUUUGACCCGUCGGACAUGAUCGACCUUGAGGAGCCAGAUAACGAGCCGAUCGAUUUUGAGCCUUCGGAUAUGUCUGAUGUUUUCUCUAAAGGACCAACCGAUCUGAACGAGGGCAUGUCGGCUUCCGACGCUGCUCAAAGUAAUGAUGGUCUCUUCGCUGGCGAUAGUCGCGAUUCUUUCAAGCCAUCGCGAGACAAAACCGCCGGAAUGGCUGUUUCGGAUGACGAAUGUAGUGCCGCACCAGGACGUAUUUACGAUAAUCCUCUAAUUUCUGGGCCGAAAAAACGACUUGAUGAAGACGAGAGUAGAAUGGCACUUUCAGAAUCAGAGAGUGAUUCUGAGCGCGAUAAUAGGAACACUGCCGAGCAGGACGAGCCUGGACCUUCCUCACAAGUAGACGAUGAUGAGCAAGAUCUAUGGGCUCAGUUUCCUUCCCAAAAAACGAUGAACUACUUAGUCCUCGGAAAGAGUGGGUCUAUGCGCCUGUCCUGGCUCCUGAUAGCCAAGAACAGCCACACCCUGACAUACCAAAGCCCUGGGAUCCUGAAAUGA